UGGAGGAAAGUCUGUUGUGUGUCUCGUUGAACAUAUUUUUUUAAAAUUAAGUUUUGCACCAACAGUUUAAUAUAUAUAUAUAUAUAAUAGCCACACCGUAAAUGAAAAAGACAUUUUUUUAAAUAAGUAUCCAUCCGAUCAUAUACAAAUCAGAUAAAAACAAUUCUAAUUACUAGCCAUGUGAAUUUAAAGUAACUCUUGUAAAUGUGUGUGUGGAAUUUUCUUUUUUUUAUUUUAUUCGGAAAAUUGAAAUACGAUCCAAAAUCAGUCAGUGUAGUACAGCCCCGAUACUAAAUGUAUAUAUAUAUAUAUAUAUCUAUCAAAGUUAAAAGAGAUGAAAAUUGUUUAGUGUAUUUCGAAUCUAUGUAAUAUUGGAAUAAUUGCGUAUAUUUUAUGUGUUUACCGAUUGCUGUAAAUGUUCCCAGAUUUUAAUCGAUAGAAUACCGUUUUCUUUUUUCGGUUGUUGUUGUUGUUUGAUGAGAUGGAAUUGCUUGACAAUUUUUCGAUCUGAAAAUCGAAUAGAAGAAAAAAAAAGAAAUUUCAAAUUUUUCUAUCCUGGACCUGAUAGAGAGCAUAAAAAUAAAAAUAAAAAAUUUAUCUCUUUGGACAAUGUGAUUUGAAUGGAACGAAAUUUUGUGUGUUGGUUUCUCUGGCAAAUGACUGUUAAUGUUAACUUGAAAGACAGAUAUAAAUAAAAUACGAGGCACUGAGACACCUCCAUAAGUGAUAUGAUUUUAUAGAAUAUAUAUACCGACAGAAUUAUGCUAGAAGAACUCGUGACCAAAAAACUCAAUGAUACACUGGUGUGAAAUUCCUCCAUUUUUUUAUACAUAUAUUAUACUUGUUACGUUUCCUCUCGUUUUGACUGUAUGAUUUUCUCUUGUGUUUUACUUUUUUUCCCUUGCCAUAUUUAUAUUGAAUUAUGAAUUUUCUUUUGGCUUUUCGACAUUAAAUUCCGAAUGUUUAAAAUCAAAUAAAUUUUUACCAUAAAUGAAGACAGAUUAAACUAAUAAUAAAAAGAAAACCAUGGAAAUUAAAUAAAUGUUGUGCAUAAAUACGUAUCUAGAUAAAUAGUAUCCCCGAUAUCAUUGCUAAAUAAUUUCGAUAUAAAAUAAAUCUAAACGAAGAAGAAGAAGAAAAUAUAAAUCGCAGGAUAUGAUGGAAAAGAUUUUCUUAUUAAUUGCAUUGAAUAAAAUGAAUGGAAAGUACUACUACCAGAAACGAAUGAUCCGAUGCAUACAUACGAAAAAUCCUUAAAGAAAGCGAUAUGAUAAUUACAUUGUGAUUAUCGAUAUAAUCAGCCCCGAGAGUGUCGGAGACAGAAGGUUGUGAGUUGAUCUGUAUUAAAUAUAUGUAUUUUACAUAUGUAUAUGUAAAGCCUGCGUGUGUGCAUCACUCACUUCACUAACACGGCCAUCAAAAUUUCUUCGCUAAUAAAGAGAAAGUAAAGAAGAAGAAGAAAAAAAUAAUAAUAAAAAAAGGAAAAGAAAGAAAAUCGUAUAAAAAAAAGUUCAUUUUGGUUCAUCAUACCUACGCUGGAUUUCAUUUUUCGGGAUAAAAUCAUCUCACUGGAAUCAACAAGAACGAAAAAAAUAUUCUGGCAAUGGAUACUUUUCAUCUCACACUACUAGUCUUCUUUUUGGCGAUUAAGGAAAGUUUUCAAGGACCUCAUGAAAAGCGACUACUCAACAAUCUGUUGGCAACAUAUAACACGCUCGAAAGACCCGUUGCAAAUGAAUCAGAACCAUUAAGUGUAAAAUUUGGCCUCACACUUCAACAAAUCAUUGAUGUGGACGAGAAGAACCAACUCCUAAUAACAAAUAUUUGGCUUUCCCUGGAAUGGAUCGACUAUAAUUUGAAAUGGAACGAUUCCGAAUACGGUGGAGUGAAGGAUUUGCGAAUAACACCAAAUAAAUUAUGGAAACCCGACGUUCUGAUGUAUAACAGUGCGGAUGAGGGAUUCGAUGGCACGUACCACACAAAUAUUGUGGUCAAGCAUAACGGCAGUUGUCUGUACGUCCCUCCUGGUAUCUUCAAGAGCACAUGCAAGAUAGACAUCACGUGGUUCCCAUUUGAUGAUCAGCAUUGUGAAAUGAAAUUCGGUAGUUGGACGUAUGAUGGAAAUCAGCUUGAUUUGGUGCUAAAAUCUGAGGAAGGCGGUGACCUUACAGAUUUUAUAACGAAUGGAGAAUGGUUCCUUAUAGGAAUGCCGGGCGUUAAGAAUACAAUAACUUAUGCGUGUUGUCCAGAACCUUAUGUUGAUGUUACAUUUACAAUACAAAUUCGACGACGAACGUUAUAUUAUUUUUUUAAUUUAAUCGUACCAUGUGUCUUAAUUUCAUCAAUGGCCCUACUCGGCUUUACACUCCCACCGGAUUCUGGGGAAAAACUGACAUUGGGAGUAACUAUUCUUCUAUCGUUAACUGUUUUUCUAAACCUUGUUGCGGAAUCAAUGCCGACAACCAGCGACGCGGUUCCUCUUAUAGGCACAUAUUUCAAUUGCAUCAUGUUUAUGGUUGCCUCAUCCGUUGUUCUGACAGUUGUAGUUUUAAAUUAUCAUCAUCGAACAGCGGAUAUUCACGAGAUGCCUAAUUGGAUUAAAUGUGUAUUCCUUCAAUGGCUACCAUGGAUCUUACGUAUGGGUCGGCCAGGAAAGAAAAUCACUAGAAAAACGAUACUAUUAAGCAAUAGAAUGAAAGAAUUAGAGCUUAAAGAGCGAUCUUCAAAGUCCUUAUUAGCAAAUGUACUAGAUAUUGAUGAUGACUUUCGUCAUGUUGGCAUAUCCGGAUCACAAACGGCCAUUGGAUCAGGUUCCACAAAUUUUGAUAAAUCUUUUAGUUAUGGUCGUCCAACGACUGUAGAAGAACAUCAUAGCUCAUUAGGAAGUUGUAACCAUAAAGAUUUGCAUUUAAUACUUAAGGAAUUGCAAUUUAUUACGAAUCGAAUGAAAAAAGCUGACGACGAAGCCGAACUAAUAAGCGACUGGAAAUUCGCAGCAAUGGUUGUUGAUAGAUUUUGUUUAAUAAUUUUUACAUUGUUCACGAUAAUUGCAACAGUAGCAGUGUUAUUUUCGGCUCCACACAUAAUUGUGCAAUAAUGAUAUUAGUUGUAAAGUAUAUAAAGAAUUGGUGAAAAUAAUAUCAAUAAAACUGCCAUACAAAAAUAUGUUAAAUUAUAAAAUAGGGCGCUAUCAGUUGAAUAAAGACACUCACACACAAAAAUAAAUGAGAAAAUAAAUCGAAAAAACCAAAAAAAAAAAAAAAACUACUCAAAACUACGCUAAAUUGAAUGAAAUGCUUUCAUUUCAGAUUUUUAUUUUACGUAUUCAAAUUGUUACGUUCUACAGUUGCCACAAAUUAAGUUUCAUCUUUUCAUGUCCAAUUCAAUCCAAUUAAUACCAUGUGAACUGUCAAUGUUACAUUUGCCUAUGUCAGGUAUAUUGUUCGAAGAAAUUCCGAAUCGUAUCAUAGAAUCUACUAGAUCUAGUACUUCGAGACCAUCAUAUUUUAUGUGGAUAAUAUUGUGGGUUGAAUAAAAAGUCAGACAUACCGGCUUGUAGUAACGUAAAUUUAUUUACGUAAAAACACGCCAACCAUGACGAAUUUUCAUGACCUUCUGAACUUAACAGCAACUAGGGAAAAAGUUAUUUGCAGCGUAAAAUUGAAGCACAAUAAGAAGGAAGCUCGGGUUGAAUAAAUGAAUACCUGUCUGUUUACAUAUAUGAAGAAGAAGGUGCCAUAUGUGCUUAUUUCCAUCCGAAAAAUAGAACCCUGACAUACACUUCCGAAAAGAGUAAAUGGAAAACCCUCUUUUCAAACACAAUUUUUAUUUACUUAUCUCAGUGGAUUUCGAAUGGAGUCCCCUGCCUAUGAACUGAUAUGCAACAAUAUAUGAGGUAAUGUUCGCGUCGAAUUUAAAUUCUAUUGAAGAGGCACGAAACGACGAAACUUAAUUUGCGACCACCGUACGCCGAAAAGUUUUUUUUUCUUAGAUUCAGUUGACUGAUUUAAAGCUUAACUAAACAAAAUAUUGUUCCUAAUUUUUGAGUUUCCUCUUAAAAAUGGAUUUUAAUCGCAAUGAUAAAACUAAUGUGACGAUUCGAAGAAAAAAAAAACGGAAGCAAAAGAAACCAAGUACAUAACCGCAAAAACAAAGAAAAAAAUGAAAUAAAUAAAUAUAUUUUUAAAGUCUAGUCAAAAUACAAAAAUAAAAUGAGAAAAAGAAAGUGGAAUAGUGAACAAUUAUAUAUUUAUAUAUGAUGGA